AUGGAAAAUGAAAAUAUUUCUCACUCCCCCUCUGAGCCUGAAGUGGAGGAGACUCAUCACUCUCCCACAGCUUAUGUAGCUGAUGAGCAUGAUAAUCAGAAAGCAAUUGAUUCAAAAUCUAGAGAGGAUGAUGACGAUGAUAUUUAUGAAGAUGUGGAAUUUUUGAAAGAAAUUGACUUUACAGAAAUCGAUGACAACAUUCCAACAAACAUAGAAUUUGAUUUUGGUGAUGAAGAUUUUGAUCCUUUUCUUGAUAUUCCCAGCAACCGUGUAAAUAACGUCAAUGAAGUUGCUUCUUUAGCAACUAAGACUAGAGAUGAAGGAAAUGUUCUCAAAAUUCUGCUUUCUACCUCAAAGCCCUUGGAGAUCAUAACAAGCCAAGGAGAUGUGACAUCAGAGAUUCCUCCCUCUGUGUCACCUGUCUCAACAUCAGCUCUAGUCAUUUCUAACUUAACUAAACCUCAGACUUCUCAUACUUCCAUGAGAACAAGUCAAUCUCUUGAAAUUCUGGAGGUACCCUCUGUAAGAAGUGCUCCUCAAGUUAUUUCAACAAUCAUUACUACCUCUGCUCACUCUCUUCCAAUGCAAACUGAUGAAGGUCCAAGUACCAUGUUCGAGACUGGUGGAUCCUCAUCCAUUCCAGACUAUUCUCCAACUCGACCUUCUCUAGAUGAUGCUUCUAUCAGAUUGGUAAAACAUCUAGCUCAAUCUAGUCCAACCUCUUCUCGCGGGAAAGGAUUAUCAUUCAACGAGGCUCGGACAGAUGAUGACAAAUCCUCUUCAUCUGAUCUCUCAGAGGAAAUUGGAAUUCUCCGUCAACAGCUCAUUGAAAAUUUAAUACAGAUGGAUCAGCUUUCUGCACAUAUUUUUGAGCUCAGGGAAAAGGAUGAAGAAAAGACCAAACAAAUAAAUGAUCUACAAACGACUCUUGGAUCUGUUCUAGCUAAUUAUUUCAAUCUCAAGAACGUAUUGUACGAUGCUUUUGGUGAAAAAGUCAAAGCCCUCUCCCAACAGCCUCAUGGAGUAGUUGAUCCUCCUUCUGUUCAAUCACCUCCUGCAACUGAUGAUCUUCCUGUCAACCCUCCUGCUCCAAGAACAACUACAAUUGUCAACAGCUUUGAAAAAGAACUUGAAGGAAGCAGAGCCAGAAUCACAAUCAAGCAGGGAAAAAGAAUCAUUUGGGACUUACAACCACCUCCAGAUGCUCUCUCUCAUGCAUCCUGUUCUCAGCCACAAGGGGCUUCGAAAUCCAGAUCUACUAUGUGGACUAUAUCCCCAGCCUAA